AUGGAGAAGAAGAGGUUUGCAGUGCUGCUGUGUGCUGAGGACUCCGAGUACGUGAAGAAGAGGUACGGAGGUUACUUCAGUGUCUUCGUGGAGCUGCUGGGGGAGGAGGGCGAGGUCUGGGAUGUCUACGGCGUCUGCCAGGGGGAGUUCCCCGCCGACAACCAGCUCCCGUUCUACGACGGCUUCGUCAUCACCGGCAGCUGCAGCGACGCCGACGGUAACGACUCCUGGAUCCUCUCUCUCGUCGCCCUUCUCCAGACGCUCGACUCUAUGCGCAAGAAGAUCCUCGGCAUCUGCUUCGGCCACCAGGUGGGUAUCUCCCACCGUUCCCAUUUCCUCUCUCUCUUUCUCUCUCCUCGUCUUCGGCUACUAUGACCUCGAUGGACCAGACGACAGAUCUCUCGCUCCUGCAACGGUCAAAUCUGAUCACUCUCCUGAAUUUCGGCGCCAAACUGAGCCAAUCUUUUCCGGCUGGCUGCGGGCGAUCUUUCGCCGUUGACUCGACACCACCGGGAGACCGACCGGCGGGCUCAGCGCAAAGGUAGUGCGACUCCUCAUCCGCGAACCACCACAACUGGCAUCCCUGGUCUUGUGGUGACUGAGCGCUAUUCAUGGCGAUCACACAGAUGCGCGGUCCCCCCUCCCUCGCCGGAGGAUAGUAGCCCUCGGAAGACAACGGCCACGUGCUCCUCCUCCGCCGUUCUCCUCUCCGACGGGGACAAGAAAAGACCAGCAGAGUGGGAGAGUAGAAUCGGGGGGCUCUGUCCCGCCAUUCACAUGGGGCUCCCUCCUGGCUCUGAUCCUGCUGUCGUGGUGCUGUGAGAGCUUUCCUGGUCGUGUUGACGGAUCUUUCUGCCUCGCAGAUCCUGGGACGGGCUCUGGGCGGGAAGACGGGCCGGGCCAUCAACGGAUGGGACAUAGGGUUGACCGCCAUCAACGUCUCUUCCAACUCCUGCGAACUGAUGGCCGCCCUCAAGAUCGUGUCGCCGCUACGGGUGAUCCAGUGCCACCGCGACGAGGUUUUGCUUGGAAUGAAUGAUCCAAAACCCACACACACCACAUCUCUCUCUCUCUCUCUCUAAACUUGAGCCAUCGUAGGUCCUUGAGCUGCCGGCGAGGGCGGAGGUGAUUGCCUGGUCGGAGAAGACGGGGGUGGAGAUGUUCCGGUGCGGGGAGCACAUCAUGGGCAUCCAGGGCCACCCGGAGUACAACAAGGACAUUCUCCUCCACCUCCUCGACCGGCUCCGUCAGCGGGAUCUCAUCCAGGCCAGUCUCCAGUCUCACCCCCUUCCUCCUCCGCCUCCCCCUCCUCGGCCGCCCCUGCCAUCGUCGCCGCCGGCGGAUCGUUCUCACACUGGCGAUCGGGGUUCCGCAGAGUCAGCACGUGGAGGCGGCCAAGGCGAGCGUCGACGCCCACGAGCCGGACGGGGAGGCGUGGAAGAGUCUCUGCCGGGGAUUCCUCAAGGGGGCCCUGUAG